CUUUUGGAACACAAAGUGUCUCACACACAGCAUGGCCUCAACCUCAGUGGUUCACAGCCAAGAUGACUCUUCUGGACCUAGCAGAACCUACACCUACAGCAGCCGCCCCCGAGCUGUACCAAUCAGACAGCGAUACAGAGGCUCCCAAGACACCAGUGAUCAAGAUGGUGGCCCAACUCGCUAUGGGAAUCUUAUGUAUGACAGGAGAGUGGUUCGGGGCAACACAUAUGCUCUUAAUGAAUUACCUUGGAGUAAUGAACCUGAUCCUGCUGAGAUCAAGAAACAAAGGGACGCCCACAGGAAAAUGCUUGCCAGAAAGCGAGAAAAGGAAGAGUUUGAGGCAAAGGUCCCUGAGAUUAUAGAUACUGGAAGCCGUAUCAACGUGCAGACAGAACUGUACCUGGAAGAGAUUGCUGACCGCAUUAUUGAGGUUGAUAUGGAGUGCCAAACGGAUGAUUUUCUGAACAGACCAGAGACUCCACUCUACAUUCCAACUAAGACUGGGUGUGAUGCAUCCACCCAGAUAGAAGAAGGAGAGCUCUUUGACUUUAACCUUGAAGUCAAACCAAUACUUCAAGUUUUGGUUGGUAAAACUAUAGAGCAAGCUUUGCUGGAAGUCAUAGAAGAAGAAGAGAUAGCCAAUCUGCGGGCAUAUCAGGCUGCAUAUCAUGAAUUGCUUAAUGCAGAAAAAGCUGAAGUGCAACGCCUUGAAGAACAAGAGAGACGACAUAGAGAAGAAAAGGAACGUCGUAUGCAGCAGCAGACAGAAGUGCUGCUACAACAAAAUAAAGUCAAGGAGAAAAUUGCAGCACAGGCAUUUGCUUUGCAGUGCUUGACAGAUCUCAUUCCUUCAGUCUUCAGUGGCCUUCGGGAUCAUGGGUACUUCUAUGAUACAGUAGAAAGAGAUAUUGAAAAAGGAUUCCUUCCAUAUUUGCUGAAAAAGGUGGAAAGAAGGAUGGAGAAGAGAAUGCUAGGAAGAAUAAUGACUGACAGUUUAAUUGAUGAGGUCGUUGAAAAGAGGUUGCAAGACUUUGCUGAAAAUCAAAAUCCUGGUUUGAAAAAAAGGCAUCUAAAGGAAGACAUAAACCACUUGCAUGCUUCUCAGAUUCUCGUAUGAUCCUCAUGACCAAAAGAACCAGGUAACUUAGCAUAUACAAGAAGAUUUCACAUUGCCAUUUGAGAAAAUAUUCUGAAACUUGAAUUUACCGUUAUGAUAAAGUUGUUGCCAAGGCAAGCAAUAAAUGAACCACUGGUGUUUUUGAAAUGUAUGCA